AAACAGGACUCUCAGAUCGCCUCCUACGACUUGCCUCCCUCCAUUCGCAGCACAGACAACAGCUCAGAAGCAGCAGCCGCCGCUUCGAUGGCCGCCACCGCCGCCGCCGCCGGAGAGCCGCCGCCGUUGACGGACACCGACAUUAUCCGCAUGGCCCAGAACCUCCAUCGCCUCCAGCAACCAUCCUCCGCCUCCUCCUGUCCUCUGCCCCCGCAGCUCUCUUCCCCGCGCUUCCACUCUGCCCUCGUUUCUCACCUGAAAUCACGCACCGCCGACUCUCCGAACCCCUCGCUCGCUGUCUCCGAGUACACGCUCGCCCUCCUCUCCCUCAUCUCCCUCUCCCCGCAAAGCCCUACUCUCCCUCCUCUCCUCUCCUCGCUGCUCCUCUCCUACAUCGACCUGUUUGUUUCUUGCCGAUUCCCGCACGACGCGAACUCGCUGAAAACCAUCCAUUUCUUCGGCACCCUCCUCAAUGUCUUGGAGAUCAACGACGUCCAGUCCGUGGCGGAAUCGAUCCUCUCAAGUUUUCCGAAAUUGGUCACGUUGGACGAUGCGCAGCUGCUCGAUCUUUUGCCCAGGUGCAUCGACCUCAUCCGCAAUUCGAAUGAAGUUGAGCGAGGGGGUGAUUUUAUUAACUCUGUGUUCGAUCGAGUGGUGGAUUCUGUUUGGUCGAAAGGGUUGUUGUUGAAAUUGGUUUCGCUCGUGAGGGAGUUUGUCUUUCUGGAUAAGGGGAGAGAGGGAGUUUUGGAGAAGGUGUUCAAAGGAAUGGGGGACUUGGACUUGCAGGAUCUGCCCUCACUGGUCUAUCACUUGUUGGUUUUGGCAUCAAAAGGGUUCUGCAAAAGGGAGGUGGUUGAAGGGUUGGUGACUUUUUUCGGGUCAGAAAUGGAGUUGAAGAAGGGGGCCUCGAUUUUUAAGCAAGUGGAAGGGACUGUGUUGCUUCAUGUGAAUUUCGCUGUGAAACAGGAUUUUUCUCUUGGGAAAGAGGUCAUGAGGCUAAUUAAAUCUGAUGGUCAGGCUCUUAAUCAUUUUGCUGUGGCUGUCAUGCUAUCCCUUGCUAGAAUCAAGAGGUUCAGUGAGAGUGCUCUGGAGAUCCUCAAAAAGGCUAUUCUCACUUCAUAUGGGGAUUACAAAUUCGCAGUAGAUUGCAAAUGGCUCCAGCAUGAGAUGGGAGAGGAAUUUUUGCAAGGGUUCCAAUUAGUGGAGAAGGCUGUUAUUAGAGCGGUAAACGAGACUAACUGUGGGCGGGAGCAUAUGGUGCCGAGCUUUUUGCAGCUUGCUUUCCUUUUACUAGAGUCGGCGCAACUGGGAAAUCAAAAGAAAUUUUGCUACUCUGAUGGUUCAUCAUGUAUCGAGGAGCUUGCUAUACAAAUGCUGAAAAAUUUAUUUGAAGCUCAUGACAUGGCCAGGAGUGAGAUAAUUGAGCAAAGCAAAGUCCUGAUCCUUUCCAUGAAGCCUGAGCAGAGCAUGUCAAUUGUUAGACUGCUUGCUCAACUGAUUCGGAAUUAUCCGUAUGCUAUCAAGGAGCAUGUGUCUCGGCUGAAGGAGUUGUUAGAUUAUUUCACUUAUAUGGAUGGCAAGGUUGCAUCUUGUCUUGUUGCUUCACUGUUGCCACUGAUCAAAAUCAGUAGAGAUAUUCUGGAUUAUAUGAUUUUAGUUAUUCGCAAAGCCAUGUUUAGACGAGAAGAUACAAUCCUUCUUGCAGCAACGAAUGCCAUUUUUGAUCUCAUCUUGGUAGAUAAACAAUCUAAUGACACUUCCUUUCAAGAUUCAUCAAGCCAAGCCAGUUGCAGCCAGCAAGCUGAGGCAUUCGGCUGUAUGGGUGGAACUCUCUACCAAGAGCUGAUUGGUUUGCUCCAGAGAUGCCUUUAUCAGCAGGCAAAAGUAAAAAGAGUCAUGUACUCUGGACUUGUAAAGCUUGUCCUAGCGGACCCAGCAAUUGCUAGGCCGGUCCUUGAUCUUCUCUUGCCUCAUUUCCUACGUUUUUAUAAAGAGGACGCUGAUGGUCAACUUGAAUUAACCUCUUGUGUUGGCUUGGAGAAUGGCAAAGUUGUCAUUGAGGAGCCUCUGGAUAGUCUACUAUCUUGUGUAUCAUGGAUUCUUCUCCUUCAACCGCAUGGUCAAUCUGAAAAUUCUUCAGAUGCUUCAUGGACGUGUUUUGGGUUUUCCCUUUCCCAAGAUGAGGUUGGAAGAAGAUUGUCCUGGGAUUCAUUCUCCACAGCAUUACUGAAGAUCCGGAAGCUUUUAAGAGCUGAAAAAUUGGAAGUCCUUCUUGGUCAGAGAGCUGACUCAGGCUCAGGGUCCUCUGAGAAAGAGAGAACCAAAAGCUGCACCAUAAUUUUACUGGGUAUAACAGAGGUGGUGCUCAACACCAUAGCCACUGAAUUGGAGAAAGCAACUGGUGAUAAGAGGGUACAACUUGAAAAGGAGCUAAUUGACUUGGUUGAAUUCCAUCACUUGGUGGAGAAACAUUUAGGCAAACCAAGGCAGAUCAAUGGACUAAGAAAGGCAAAUGUGCGAACUACUGCAAUUGAUAUUCCUGACCGUACUGAUUCUGGCUGCACCACCUUGAUUCGAGAACAGAUGCCUCUCUUGGCAACUUCAACAAUCAAUCAAUUACUGCAAACUACAUUAGGGUUAUACAAUGCUAAAUUUUCUAAUGCUAUUGCAACCUCCCAGAGUCUUGGCCAAUCAUCCUUCAACAAGAACACAAGCUGCUCAAACAUUAUAUCUUUUGUCUUGAAUAUUCUGCUUUGUCACAUCAGGUCUUGCCCUGUUUUAGUGAGGAACGAUCCCUUUAAGACUUUUAUCUAUGGUGACAUUAAGAUUCUGGGACCCCAAUUGCUGAAGCUGAUACUUCUCCUUAAGUCGGUCCAAUCAAGUGUUCCAAAUGAAAAGAACAAAAGUAGGAUUGAAGGUCAAAGAGAUAAUCUCCAUCAAGCACUUAUCUGCCUUAAGGAUAUGUUAAUGAUUUAUUUGCAGGGCCCUCAUUUUGCCCAGCUGCUUGAAGAUUUGGUGUCAGUCUGCAUAACUGAGUAUGGUCUUGAUGGCGAAAAUGUAACCUAUGUGAUUAAUGAUCCAAAAAUAAAGAACAUUGAGAUAUUCGUCGUGAAGAUCCUGAAGCCUCUGUUAUCCGAGCUUCUUGCAAUUUCAUCCUUUCGUGAGGCUGAGGUCCUUGGUGAUAUUAUGUUGAUGAUUACUAACAAGUUGCCCUGCCAACUGAGAAACUCUCAUGGAUCCUGGGCUACACAGAUCUGCAAAAGCAAUGGAAUCAAAGAUUCCAAGGUUGUGAGGAGUCUGGUAUUACUAGCCUUCCAACUAAGCUCGCCUCCAGAUGAUUUGAUCUUUGCUCAACAUGUGGCUAUAAAGUUGUGCAAAGUUACAGGGUCAGCAAGUGAUGAUCCUGUUGAAAUGUCUGAAUUAUAUCCUGUUGUCAACAAAGACACCAGCAUUGCAGUAAUUAUUUGCAUUCUGCAAUCAGUUGAAGCAGUUAUAUGUGAUGUGGAUUGGGCCAUUAGAAAACUGAAGGAACUUUCUCUCUCCUCUCAAAAUAGAAAUAAAACGAAUGAAGGAGAACUUACUCUUGAUGUUAAAUUGGUACUGGAGGACAAUCUGUUCUCCAGGUCUGAAUCUGUAGUGAGAGUACUAUCAUCAUUUGCUCUGAUGACCUUGAAGGACCCUCAAGCAGAUCAUUUUCUCAGAAUGGUUACAAGAUUGUACAAGCAAUUGGCUCAAAUAACCAAACUUCAGAUUGCCCCCAGAAGAUCCAAGCAACUUCUGCCAAGCACUAGAUUUCAGAAACUUGUUGAAUUAACUUGCAAGCAUCUCACUUUUCAACUCUAUAAUUUUGUGGCUGAAAUGCAGAAGGAACAGCAAGAAAACGCUAAUAGAAGUAGAAUGGUGGGAAAGAUCAAAAGGGAAAAUCGCUGCAUCCCCGAGCUGAUCUUUCAUAUAGAAGAUUAUGAAAAGUAUUUGAUCCGACUUAGCAAGGUCACUAAAGUGAACUUGCUGAGGCAUGCUAAGCGCAGCACUUCUCGGGAUUUUAAAAUUAUAGAGGCCACCAAUAGUCGGGAAGAAGACAAUCCUGACCAUGAACCUGGCUGUUCUCGUUCUGCAGCACACGAAAACGAAUCAUGCAAUGCUUCUGAUGAAGAUGGAGGAGAGGAAAAUGUCAUGUCUCCGGAGUCGGGCUCUCGUUUGUCUGCAGAUGAAUCUGGUUCUGAUGGCGAGAAAGGUAAUUCUCUUCCCCCAGUCAAGAGGAUGAGGAAAAAUGGAGUUGUUCAGGACUCUGAUGAUGAAGAUUAGCUAUGCUCUGUCAGAAAAAUACUGGGUAUAGAAUGGCAUAUAUUUGGUGGAUCAUUUUGUAUGAAGUAGCCGAUGGAGAGAGAAAUGGAAGGUAAAAUUAUCAACUUGACUCAAAUUAUAUGUUAAUAAUUUCUUAACACAACAAGUCAAUCUUGAGCUAUGUUGGAGAUCAAAUUUUGCUUAGUAUCAAUAUGGAGUCAAGCUUUUCUACCA